AAGAAGGAGAAGAAGAAUGGGUUUUCUUCUGCGCGAGUUGUGACUCGGCUGGCGCCGGAUGUGGAGGGUCUGGGUCAUGUGGCGCGGCUGCUGCAUGCGUUUCUGUUCCCGGACAUCUCGCUGGUCGAAGCGGUGAAGCACAACAGCUUGCGUCUGUUUCUCAUGACCCUGCACUCAGUUGACAACAGCAAUGAGUUGAUUCACCACCAGAAGCUGCAACAAUAUCGAUACGCGAUGCAACUAGUGCCGACGGAGAUGACGGUGCAGGAAGACGCACUCACGGCGCUCAAGUUGCUGUACGAGCGGUAUCCCGACGCAGCCAGCUAUCAGACUACAUGCACUUGCAUAGAUGGCGUGAUCCAGAUGGGCUACUUGCCUGCACUUCAGUGGUUGUUCGCUAGCGUGCCGUCUGCAGCUUUUCGCGAUGCGCAUUGGAGCAGAUGGAGGAUAUUUUCUCUCGCCUCGACAAAGGGCUGGGACGACAUCGUUCACCGGUUGGUGGCGGAAGAUCCUGAGUGCGUGUAUGAUGUAGCCGACGCAGCAGUAGCGGGUCACAUUGACCUGCUCAAGUGGCUCUUAGAGAACGCGAAGUGCAGUGCGUACUCUUGGUUGAAUGGCAAUCGACGUGAAGGAUGUACGCAGUCUGCUAUGGACUCGGCGGCUUCGAAUGGCCAUCUGCAUGUACUGGCAUUUUUGCAUGCCAAUCGUGGAGAAGGUUUCACUGACAAGGCCAUGGAGGACGCCGUGAAGCACAAUCACCUGAAAGUCGCGCAGUGGCUUCAUACGCACGGUGAAAAAAUCUCGCGGGGAUCUAUCGACGCAGCUGCUUUCCUGCACAGAACUGAUCAUGGGUGCACCGACAGAGCCAUGUACGAAGCAGCACGGAACAAUCACUUGAAAGUGCUGAAGUGGCUACACUUGAUGCUGGGGAUGGCGUGCUCGGACGAAGCGGUGAAUGCAGCAGCGAGUUGGGGUCAUAUCGAAAUGGCGAGUUGGCUGCUGUCUCGUCGCUCUAAAGAAUGCCCCGAUAAAGCAUUUGAGAUGGCGGCCUCGCAGGGACACUUACGAGUGAUGAAAGUCUUGGCUUCUUCCCCGAAACUUUCCAAGGCCUGGUCUGAGAAAGCGCUGAAAGCGGCCUGGACAGGAGGUAUCUACAACUUAGAUGUCCUGAAGUGGUUGUGGCCCCGCGUGCGUCAACACUUGUUAACGGAUCACUGUCCCAACGACUCGAUUUAUGCGCUAGCACAGAACAGAGGACACAUGGAGGUGAAAAUGUGGUACGAGCAUCAUUUUGGCAAUCCCUACAAGCGCAAUUGGAGCGCUAGCAAUGGGAACUAA